UGCUCCGUGGGCUCGGGCCGUGACGUCAUUCCGUGACGCAGUCCGUCCUCCAUCACUGCCUGAAAACACCCAGAACCGAGCAGAACCUCACGAUGCGUGGAAAUAUGUAGUUAACUCGGCCUCCAGAGCAAUUAUCGAUCACAGCGGGUUUGGUGGAACCGAUAUCUCGCAUGGAAAGUUACCAUGGGUGGUCAUGAUGAUGAAGAUAUGACAUAUGUUGUAAAUAAACAAAGGCAAGAGGAAGAGCUGAAAAACAAGCUGAAUGAAGGCAGCCACUGGUGCGACCAGGAGUCUACAAGCAACAAUGCCAAGUGGGUCAAAGAAGGCCAGAACCAGCUCCGGAAAGUAGCUGAGAAUCAUCAGGAUCAAGAUCACAACUGUAAUAUCAGUCAGAAUGGAAACGAGGAUGACUUUCCUCACCAGAACAUCACUCAGGAAGAACAGCAGGGAAACGAAGAGCAGACCAAGGUUCCCAAACUAGCAAUGACCCCUGGUCUUAGUCAGGAGGACUCCAAGAACAUCCUCAAUGAGCCGCUGCUCAUCGACACUUUGGAGUCAACGGCAGAGAAAGAGAAAGAGAGAGAAGAGGAUGACAAGGAAAAGGAAAACAAAGAGGAUGUGGAUAAGGAGUCAUCAGAUGCUACAGAAGGAGAAAAAGUGUCCAGACAGGGGAGUGUGGAGUCUCACAGAGAGGGCAGCGUUGUGGGGAGAAACACCUGCCUCCUCUUCUCCAACAUGAACGGGACACCAAGCGAUGAAGAGCCCAGCUGGCCUCCACUGUCUCAGGACAACGCUGGCGACACUUCUCCAAAUGGCAACAGGGAGUCCUUCUGGGACUCCAGUGCUUUUGAGACGGACACAGACUUGCCCUCUGGAUGGAUGAGGGUGCGAGAUACAUCAGGCACAUACUACUGGCACAUCCCAACAGGCACCACCCAGUGGGAGCCUCCUUCACCCCUGGACAAAGUCGGUGACUCCAUGAUGUCCUCCAGUAUGUCUCUGGAGACUACACCCUGUGAGGAACCUGAGGAAUCUUGGGCUCAACUUUGCAGUUCAGAUGAUGGUGCGGGUGAAGCAGAGAUGUGGAGGGAGGAGGGAGAGGCUUCUUCCGAUCAAAGCCUGAAAGAGUUCGAAGGAGCAACUCUACGCUAUGCAUCAAUCAACCUCAAUUACAAUUGCUCCCAGUCUGAGGAAGAAGAGAAGCUUGCUCCUCUGUGCACAGAUUUAGAAACUAAGUGUUUUGCAGUGCGAUCUCUUGGCUGGGUGGAGAUGUCUGAGGAAGACCUGGCAUCUGGGAAGAGCAGUGUUGCAGUCAACAACUGCAUCCGACAGCUCUCUUAUCACAAACACAACCUUCAUGACACGGCUGGGAUCUGGGGAGAGGGCAAAGACAUGCUAAUGGUUCUGGAAAAUGACACCAUGAACCUGAUCGACCCGCUGGGUCAGACUCUGCUCCAUGCUCAGCCAAUAGGCAGCAUCCGCGUUUGGGGUGUUGGCAGAGACAACGGAAGGGAAAGGGAUUUUGCUUAUGUGGCCCGAGACAACCUGACCCAGGUCCUGAAGUGUCACGUGUUCCGUUGUGACUCGCCUGCUAAGAACAUUGCCACCAGCUUACAUGAGAUGUGUUCAAAGAUUAUGAUGGAGAGAAAGGCAAUGAAGCCAGGGGUGAGCAGACUUUGCUCUGACUCAGGUAAACCAUUGGCCAUCCCUGUUGAAGAGUUUCCUGUCCCCAAAAAUGAACUGUUCCAGUGCUUCCAUGUCUACUACCUGGGAUGUGUGGCUGUGGCUCGUCCAGUUGGAAUGGAAAUUAUCAACGACGCACUAGAGGCAGCAAUGCUGGGCAAAGACAAAAACGACUGGCCUCCUGUGUUUGUGAAUGUAGCACCAGCCACUCUCACGGUGCUUUCAAAGCAGGAUGAAGAGGUGCUGUCAGAGUGUAGAGUGCGUUUCCUGUCAUUCAUGGGCGUGGGAAAGGAUGUCCACACGUUCGCUUUCAUCAUGGCGGAGGGUCCUCGCGAGUUCACCUGUCACAUGUUCUGGUGUGAACCCAAUGCUGCCAGCCUGAGUGAGGCUGUGCAGGCUGCCUGCAUGCUUCGUUACCAGAAAUGUUUGGACGCUCGGCCUCCCGGUCUGGCCUCCUGUCUGCCCACUCCUCCUGCUGACUCUGUUGCCCGGCGGGUGAAGAAGGGGGUGCAGAGCCUGCUGGGCAGCUUCAAGAGCUACAGGUCUGGUUCUCAGUCUCCCUAAGUGGAAGUCGAAAAGCGGACGACCUUCUUCUGUCAUGGAGCUCCCACCCCCACACACACCCUCACAACUACACACAUCCUGCCACAGUUUCGCCUUACAACUGUUUCUCACGUCUGGUCUCUAGUCUGCUAUGUGGAGUAGUUUGUAGGGAAACGUGCGACUCCCUUUUUUUUUACGGCUUUUACUUUAUACGACAGUUGUAAAACGCUUCUUUAAACAUUAGUAACCAUGACAACAGAUGGUUUUUGUCACUGGUUGGUGUGUCUGUUCUAUUUUUGUGUUUUUAACAGAGACAACUCAAUGAAUGUUGGUAUUCGAUGUAAUAUUUUUGACACUAAAGUUAGCUUGAACAAGAGAAUGAUAUAUUCCUCAUCAGCUCGUCCAUCUCAGUGCAAUUAUCCCCCUAACACUCCUCACCAUCAUCGCUGAAGAACGUACUGUAACGCAGUUGUCAGACGGCGUCGAGGACCCCUGCGUCGAUUUUCGUAAAACGUCACCACACCUCUUUUGACUACUUUAGAUUGUAAUACAUGCGCUGGAGGCAUCACAGUCGUGUGCAAUGUAAUUCUCUCCCUUCUAAUGUAAUUUAGUCUUCCAAAGAAUUGUACCAUCAUCUGUCCCGUAGUAAGCGAGCAACCGUAGUCUGUUCUCAUCCAUUCUGCAUGAACAUUUGCAAGUUCAGUGCUAAUGUGCAAUAAUCCAAUUUUUGUAGUAUGUAGAGGCGAAGAGGCGGCUGCCAGCAAUUCUAUGAUCACUUUUAGUCUGACUAGAUCAAGUGUGAGGCUAAAGGAACAACAGAGCCAUGUUUGAAAUCAUUGUCUUAUAACAGAAGUAAUGGUCAUCAAUAAAAAAGAAAAAAGAACAAACUCUGGGUUUUCUUGCAGUUGUUUACCAACAACUCCUGCAUAGUACUGUAGAAACUCACCACGAGCUGCAUGUUUGGACCGCCUAGCCUGCAGCAGUGUAGUGCUCGAGAGCCAUUACGAUAUAUCCUGUAAAUUCUUUGUGUUUCUGGAUGGAAAGAUUUGGCUGGAGCUGAUUGACGUGACGUUUUGUGUUGUGCAGGCAUGCCACUCUAGUUGGUGUUUUUAUCACAAGCUAGCAGUAGAAAGUGAAAGUGUCUACGGGUGAGUCGGUGUCCGUAAUCACAGUUUGAAUGAGUGUUUACGUUUCAUUUCUUUCCUCGUCCACAUGUUGAAAUGUGCUGGCCUCUCCACUUUUUGUUGUGUUUUUUUUAUUAUUAUUUCAACACUACAAUGUAUACAACUAAGACAAAUUUCACUUUAGCUAUUUAGAUGUAGUUUUUAUUAAAAAACAAACAAACUAAUAGUCAAGUUGUACUUUAUCAUCAUGUCUGUUGUGAGCGAUCAAUUCAGUAUGUAGCACAAUAGCGAUGGUCCUCUUAAAUAUUAUUAAUGCGGUUUGUAAGCUGUUUUGGUGUUUUUGAUCCUUGCAGGUCAUUUAUCACAGCAGCUGAGCUUUUACUAAGUAGUCAGCGGCUGUGAAAGGAAGCUGUUUAACACUUUAGCACAUAACUGUCCAUACACCCUAACAAACCCAGUCCAGGUGACUCAACAUUCCUUUUAAUAAAAAAUAAGACUUCAUUUUUACCCAUUUAUAUAAAAAAAGUGCCAAAUUUUUAUUUUAAAUGAGGAAAAAAAGUCAAAUAUUCAUUUCACAUUUUACAAUGUGGUAAAUUUAAUUUGGUCCACCAAAAACUCCAACCAGCUGGUCCUUUGUAUUUAAAAUGCAACAGUAAAACUCCAAAAGAUGAGUUAUCUGAUCAUGUGACUGCCUUUUCACCCAGAGUUAUUGUGCUUCUGUGUCUGCUCAGUGGCACCGCUGACUGACGCCUCGUCAACUUGAGGGGAAAAAAAAACGAUUAAAUUAUUUCUUUUAUGUAAAUUGGGUGUAAAAAAUGUGUAUAUAUAUGAAACAAAUCAUUGCACAAUAAAUGUGAACAUAUCAUCACUG